UGUUCCAGUUGAGGCAACGGUCCGAGCCAAAUAACUGUCAACAACUGAAACUAUGCUAAAAAUCGUUUGCAAAAUGCUCAAGGAUGUGUAGUCGGAUUUGUUUUGCACCUGCGGAGGGGCACUUCGAUAUUUGCCAUCCUACUCUACUAGUGCACUGCCUAAUAUGUCGUGUGGCCGGCGGCUCAACUCUCCUCUGGCCACAACACCCUCUGCACUUGCUGAUACGCGAUGUUUGAUCGUUUUAAGUUUUCGAAAAGAGGACAUCCUCCCGCGCCUCCCGGUGGCCCAUCGCGACCCUCGCCCUCUGUUCCCAACCUCCGGAUCACUUUUUCUCCAACUGAAAGCGAUGCAACACCUAGCAGAGAUCUCGAUGGAUUUGAUCUUAAGCCUCUUACUACUACUGGUGGUAGUUCUCGAGGCCGGAAGCAGCGGAGGUCUGUUUGGCACGCUAUAACUGAGCGGUUCAGCAGAAGUCCCAGUCCCAAUCCCACUCAUCUCGACCAACCGAAGACCUCCGAUCCCAGACAAUCUGACCCUUCCACGCCCGAUCCGCCAUCGCUUAAUCUAUCGCCAUUUCCCGUUCUCUUUGCAGGGGCCAUUGACAUCUCUCGCGUGGUGCCCGGCGAGCGUAUCAUCCAUGGCAACACUAAGACUCCCCACCCACCACCAGGACGCACAGACGUGAAUUUAUAUACUCCAUCGCCAAUAAAUCAAACACCGUCAUCUUCAGCCGUCACUGCUGGUGACGGAAAGAAAACAAUCAUCGCCGCCACAAGGCUCGUCCUCCAAACUGCCGCCUCUGCUCUUAAGUUUGUCUCUAUUCCAAACCUUGAUCAGAUACCAAGUAUACUCCUGACAUGGCUCCAAGUUUACGAGACGAUCGACAACAACGACGAAAAUCUCAAGGGAUUAGACGAUGAAGUUCGAAACGCUCACGACACGAUUUUUAGGCCUCUCCAGUUGUGGACUGGCCAAGUCCCUCCUGAGAUAGAGCUCUAAAACAACAAUUAAAGCAAAUUGAGGCACUCAAACGUCAAAAACUUUCCAAGAGGGUGAUUUUAGCGACUGAGAUAACCCAGGAAAUAUGCGCUGUGAAGUCGUGCAUCCAUGAUGCUAUUUCCCGCUUUUCGACUGCUGCGACAACUCUAAAUCUCCUCCACACAAUUCGGUUAUCGGCAGA